AUGCCCGGCUCGGGGCCGCGCGGUGUCCGGGCCCAGCCCCCGGGCUCCCCCGCAGCUCCGGCCCCGAGCGCCCGGCCCCGACGCCUCGAGUCCUCCUUCUCCGUCGAGGCGCUGCUGGCCCGGCCCGGCCCCCGCGCGCGCGCCGCCGGCCCCUGGCCCGCUGCCCUCUGCGCUCCCGCCCCGGCGCUGCCCGCCUACCUGGGCCUGGGUCUCUACCCGCCCGGCCCCGCGUGCCCGGUGCUGGGGCUGCGCCUGGCUCACGUCUGCAGUCUCGGUGUCACAGGCUUGGAGCUGGCUCAUUGCCCAGGUCUCUGGAGCCCCCCUCACUGGGCCCUCGCCCAGAACCUUCAGGAGACUGAGAAACCCCUAAAGAGGGUUCGGACUAUGUUCAACCUGGAGCAGUUAGAGGAGUUGGAGAAAGUGUUCGCUCAACAGCACAAUCUGGUGGGGAAGAAGAGAGCCCAGUUGGCAGCUCGGCUCAACCUCACAGAGAACCAGGUGAGGGUCUGGUUCCAAAACCGCAGGGUCAAGUAUCAGAAGCAGCAAAGACUGAAACUGCCGGUGGAGUCUGCCUUGAGUGUGUCACCAGAGGAGCCUUCCAGCACCAGCAUCCAGAGAGAUGAAGCCACAUCAGGCGCGGACGGCUGA